ACUUUACAUAAGGCUCAUCAACACACCCCUGACCAGCCGUAUCACCUCUUACUGUACUACAAACAGCCUUCUCUCCUCUGUGAAGAUGUCCAGCUCUGUAACAACCACCACUAACGGGGUGGUGGUCAUCACCCAUGUACACCCCACUAGCAACGGGAUGGGGGUCGUGAGGGUCGAUUCUGCCCCUCACUGUUUGGGACAGACGGUUUCCUCAGUGCUGGGAAGUUUCCAGGCAGGGCAACCAAAAGCGCUGGGGACCGUACAGAUCAUGGUUGGUUUGAUGAUGCUGUUGACAGGAAUCGUGAUGGCUACAGGACCACAAGUAGACAAUAUUGGAGUAAUCAGCGGAAUAUUUGUCUGGGGAUCUAUCAUUUAUGUCAUUGCAGGCUCUCUAACUGUUGCUGCUGACAACAAUUUGAACACAUGUCUGGUAAAAGGCUCCCUUGGAAUGAAUGUUGUCGCCACGGUUAUUGCUCUUACUGGCACAAUUCUGCAUUCUUUGGACAGUGCUGGGAUCUUCUUUUACAACUACUACUGUGACUAUCCAGACUAUCCAGACUAUCCAUACUACCCUUCAUCCUAUGUCUGCCAACAGUAUUGGAUCAGGUCCCAGGGAAUUUCAGGUGUUUUGCUUGUUUUCUCCAUACUGGAGUUCAUAGUGUCCAUCUGUGUCUCGUCAUUCGCCUGCAGAGCUGUCUGCCAGUGCUGCCGUUCCAACCCUGAGCAAGUGUUCGUCAUUGGGAAUCAAAUACCGGUACCUCAUGGCUGCAUGACUCCAAGCAACGCACCUUUCCCUCCUCAGAACAACUACGAGACUGUGAUCUACCCAAAGGGUCCCGAGGGAGACGAUAUGGGAACAGGGUUUCAACAGAAACCACUGCCUCCACAAAACACUGCUUUCAUCCCUUGAGAAUUGGGCUUCUGUGAAUACAUUGCUCUUUUUCUUGUUAAAAUUGUGUUUUCUAGGGCUAUUUUUCUGAUCCAAGCCAGGCAAUGGUUGGCACCACAUCACUGAUCUGAAUCAUUUGACAGUUCAAUAUUGGUAAUGCAAUGUAAUGUUUCAGUAUAAUGUUUAGGUUACUAUAUGGUUGAUUUUUUUUAAACUUCAUGUUUUUGUAAUUUCUCUCUUGUUUUAUUGAUAUAAGUUAAUUAGAAUUUAUUAUAUAAAAGUAUAGUACAUUUAUCAACUAACAUCAGCCACUGCUACAUUACAUUAUAUGAUAUUGAGGCAUCACUUUCUUUUAAUAACAUGCAAAUACAUAUUUAACUUAAUGUCUUCAAACAAGUCUUGACUUAAACAUUAAAAAACUGACAGAAAAAAAUGUGA